UGGUUGCAUUAUUCCUAUCCAUCCAGGGGGAUUAAGCAAAGAUGUUGUCAUUAUAAGUUCUUUCCUUGUAAACUUAUGAUGCACCCGUCCUGGCUGAGAGAUGCACUUAUUGGUGCUGAUUUGAAUUGAUGUUCGUGACUGUUCUACAGAUGCAGUAGACUGAUGUUUAUUGAUGUUUUGUUAAUUGUACAGAACGAGGAAGCAUCCAAGGUUGAGUAUAGGGUGUGGAACCCCUUCAGAUCCAAGCUGGCUGCUGCUGUGCUCGGUGGUGUGGACAACAUCUGGAUUGCUCCUGGAACACGUGUGCUGUACCUCGGAGCUGCCUUUAGAACAACCGUGUCUCAUGUGUCUGACAUUGUUGGACCGACUGGGUUGGUGUAUGCCAUUGAGUUCUCUCACCGGAGUGGUAGGGAUCUUGUCAACAUGGCCAAGAAGAGGACCAAUGUCAUCCCCAUCAUUGAGGAUGCUAGGCACCCGGCAAAGUAACGGAUGCUGGUCG